AUGGAGUGGCUCUCGGCCGUUCCCCGGCUGCACUCGAGAAGGCUGCGCUUCACAGUCAAUUUCCUGCACCUUCUCGCUGAGGCAGUGGAAGCCGUCUCUUCUCUCUGGGAGGCGCAACCCUGCAGCGGAGCGCGUGACUCGUCGGAAGUUUCAGCCUCAGCCGGUUGCAAGGCAGAGCCCUCUCCAGAGAAAGCCCGGGCCUCGUACUCGAGUUCUGACGGUGUCCGAGUCGCGGCACUUGCUGGAUGCAGAGCUUUCCACUGCCUUCCGAGGCUCCGCUUGGUGUCCGAAGGCCUGACGGAGCGAGUUCCACAUUUGAACUCGACGGCAAACGUGGCCUGCUCAGCAUCGAGCAGCUCGGCUUCGCGCCACCCGGCUACAUCCGCCCGAAGAGCUAAGCAUCAUCCGCCUUUACCUCCCAGCCCUGGCAGGCUCUCCUUUUCCGAGGAGAAGCACGCUGGCUUCUUCCGCGGCCUGAUGCUCCUUGUCCAGCACGGACUGCUGGCAAAGCACACGCUGCGGCGUGUGCGCCAUGCCCUCUUCCGCACCUUGCCCCUGGGACCUGCGAUUCUGCUUGUGCAUCGUGUGCGCGACGACACGUUCGAUGCCAUGUUGGCAAGCGGUGAGCUGCACCUGCUGGCAAAGGGGCAGCACCGGGCUCGGCCGGAGAUCCCGGACAACUCCCACGAUGCACUGGGCUACUACAUCGCAGCCUUGAAGCGGAUGGCUCUCCGGCUGACGCGCGAGCCAGACGCUCACAGGGCCAAGUGUAUCGCGCAGUGCACACGAGUCAAAGCUGCCUCUGAUGGAGGAGGCAGACGUCUUUGCGUUGGCAUCGUGAGGGGCAUCGAAGAAGAUCGCGUGGCAGGCUAUGAGAUACGUCUUCCACGGCUACGACAUGGCCGAGAUAGGCCUCCUGCAGUCAAAGAGUCCUCUCGCCACUGGGACGCACUUGACGUGGUCUCCAAGUGCGACCUUGCCGUGCUGCGAAGCCAGUUGCUGCCGAAACUGGCCGAACGGCUGCAUUGCGCUUGGGCGCAAAUGGCAAAGGCCAUGCACAAGGACAGCUCUGGUGCCCUCCAAGCCGCGCUGACGAUGGAGAAGGACGUGCUGGACUUGGUUAUCGACCUCUUGGGCCUUAGACAGCCUGCAGUGACGCAGGCCGUGGCAGAGUUGAUCGUCUGCGGGCCGCUGCUCUCGCAGCUUCACGUGCUGGCGGAGCGGCACCGGUACAUGAACAGACCCAAGAGCAUCUGGGAGAUAAUGAUGAUCGAUGUCGAGAACAACGGGCCCUUGCCAGCGCCGGAGCGAGUCGAUGCGAUGCAGGCCGCCGAAGCGGAGAUGGCCUGCGCUGCCGAUGCCGAAGAGGAUCCACCGGACCAGCUUGCUGCCGUGCUGGCCGUCCGCUCCCUGGCCAGAUUCUUGCAGAAGAUGCAGACGGAGCGUGUGUCGGGAGUCUUGGUCCCAUUGAUUCAGCUGCUGCUGUGGCCAGCGGUGCCCGCAGCACUGGCAGAGAGCAAGGGGCCAGCGAACUCUGACAAGACGAGAGCAGCGGUCCAGGCUCUGGGCGAGCUGUGCACAGCCUGUGGAGUGGAGGAAGCGGCGCUCGCAACCUCCGAGGUGUCCGCACAGCAGCGCUUGUCGGAAAGGCAGAUCUGGCUUCGAGAUUGCACCGGCGCAGAUCUUUUGGGUAAGGAGAAGGGGAUCAGCAAUCCUUUCCGCGGGGCCAUCCAGGCCAUGCUGGACGAUCAGAGCAUAAUGGGCGUCUCGGGCCUUGACAAUGGCUUUGGACGGUGCUGCUGGGCGGACAGCACCGAGAGUAUGGUGCCCUGCGCUGUGGUGGCAUCUUAUUUGCUUCGCCAGUGCCAAGCCACCCACCCCACGCUGCUGCACGAUUCCGGGCUGCUGCUGAAUAAGGCCGACGUGGCUGAGCCUUCUGUGAAAUACUGUGAAAUAUGA